AUGGCGACCACGGAGUCCGCGAAGGCGGCGUAUGUGAACACGUCGGCCUAUGGCUUCUGCGUGUUCACCGCGGAGCGACUGCCGGAGCUCAGGCAGCAGCUGCUGCAGGUUGCAGCACAGUUCGGCGAGGAGAAGCUGCGCGGCACGAUCUUGUUGUCGUCCGAAGGGGUGAACGUCCGGCUGUCAGGGACGUCGGACGCAGUGGAGGCCAUGAAGGCCGCUAUUGCUGCGCUGCACUCAGACAUCCGUGGACUGGAGUUCAAGGACUCGUAUUCUGAGCGAAUGACGCUGCCGAGGAUGCUGGUGAAGAUCAAGAAGGAGGUCAUCUCGAUGGGAAUGGAGCAGGUGAACCCAGCGGUGGACGGACUGGCCGCUCACAUUUCGGCCGAAGAGUUCAAGACGUGGAUGGAUGACGGCAAAGACAUGAUUGUGUUAGAUACAAGAAACGACUAUGAAGUCCGCUUGGGCACGUUCGAAAACGCCGUAUACCUGGACAUCAAGAGCUUUCGUGCGUUUCCCAACGAAGCGCGGACACAGCUGCAGCAAGUGCCGAAGGAGAAACCCAUCGUGAUGUUUUGCACCGGCGGCGUGCGUUGCGAGAAGGCGUCGUAUGCGUUGCUGAACGAAGGCCACAAGGAGGUUUACCAGCUCGACGGAGGGAUUUUGAAGUACUUUGAGAAGGUUGGGGGUGCGCACUACAAGGGCGACUGCUACAUCUUCGACGACCGCGUGGCGCUCAAGCCUGAUCUGACAGAGGCGGCCGUCACCUCCUGCUUCGUGUGCCGCAGUCCGCUGACUGAAGAGGACCGAAGCUCCCCAGACUACGAUCCCGAGAAACACUGCCCGUAUUGCAAGAACGGCAAACAGGACUUUCGCCACGUGUAG